AUGGCUAAAAUAUACAAGGACACACGGGUCGAUCUUCGGCCGUACUCGCCGACGACCGUGGCCAACAUCCAGAUCCCGACCCACGAGAGCGCGCCCCGUCGGCCGCGGUUUUCAGUCUCAUCGCAGCCCGACCACGAAGCCCCGAUCGCCAAGGACGAAGACGAAUUCGCUCGACGAUACCUCGCGACGCAGGGUGAAGUAUAUUUCCGGAAACGCAGAGUCUAUCCGAGGACGUUCCUGUGGAGGGUGGUCAAUGACAACAAAGUGUUGGAGAUACAAUGCGCGGACCUGACCAAGAGUGUGACAGAGCACUUUGAAUACAAUGUCACCCUGCGACUGGAUUUCCAGGAGCAGAUCAUCCCCUUUGGUGUGGCACUGGCUGAUCUCGAGGAUCAUGAGGUCUUGAGUGUCUUUGUCAUUACGGCUUCCAAGCAGCUUCACACCCUGUCUCUACGUCCGGAAUUUUUCCGGAGGACUUCCUCGAUCGAUGAGAACGUGGCGGAAUGGUGCAAAGCGUCUUUGCCGGCGCCGCUGGCUUUCUCGCAUCCCCACCGGCUGCACGCGAGCAGUCCGUUGGAGCUGUUUAUCUCCCUCGACAACGGUGCGCUGCUGCGACUGACCAGGAGAGCUGGUGACGAUGGAUCGCAUUGGUCUCCUCUCACCUUCGACGAAAGAACAUGGGGCUCUUCGAUCCGAGGCCUUGUCAAUUGGAACGCACCGUCUUCGAUCAAGCAUAAUGGACGCAACCUUGACCUCCAUGUGGCGAACACUAUCGCUACCACAUCUGACGAAACGUACGUCUUUGCGAUUUGUUUGAACCACACACUGAAGAUCUGGAAUCUUGCGACGAACAAAUUGGCGGCCACGAGGGAUCUCUUGGGCCGUCCCAUCCAGGACCCGGAUGCCAUACCCUACACUUUAAACCCCGGCGAAACGUCAUUCCUGCGUGUAUUCAAUGCAGAGCGAGCUAUGGACGGUGGCCAUCGUUUUUAUGUGGUCACCUUUUCGCCGUUUGAGGAUGGGCGCUUCAAAUUCUGGGCCGUGAAGGGUGGAUUGACGUCCGAUCUUGUCAUCGAAGAUCUUUACGCAGAUGCCGUGUUCCGGCCCGAGGACCCCGACGUGACGGGAAGCAUGUUUUGGAGCAUCGCCGAUUUCGAGGUCAAGACCAUGGAAGAAGGAAAGGGAAUGGAGAUGUGGGUGCUCUGGAGAAAUCACGGCCUCUACCAGUUGUAUACUCUACAUUUUGAUCUCCAAACUUUGGUCACAGAUUGGUCAACUAAUUGGGUGUCAACGACAUUUGAGACUCACCGACAGGAGCCGCUGCCGGUGCCAGUUCUCAAUGGUGUGGUGGACCCAACCGAGAAGUGGCUGGAAUAUCUUCUGCAGCCCAACCGUUACUUGCCCGAGGUUCUCGAGACUGCACUGGCUAUUUACCAAGAGGCUCUUAAGCCGCUAUCAUCUUCUGCAGCUGGAGUCCUGAAGAGGAGCGUGCCAUUGCCAGAACGCCUCUGUUCUACAGUCUCAGCCGCAGUGUCUCUUCGCAAAUUUACAGAGGAUGAUAUGGACUACACACGGUACCGAGUGGAUACAGACGCUAAGUGGCGUCAGUUCUGGCAGGUUGCCGAUGAUCUCAAUAAGCGCCGCUUCGAACCUGUUUCCCUUGCCUACGACGCAUACUUUGAAAUGCCAUGGCUGGUUCUUUCGGAUGCAUGUGCAGUGGUUCGAGAAUGCAGCACCGCAGAAUUACUCCUGCACAACUCCGGCUCUGAACUUCACGAAGAGGUGCCAAAGGUCGUGGACCGCUGGAGGCAUCGAAACCUCGGCUCUGAGCUCGGCAGGUUAUACGAGCCAGCAUCUGCGUUGAUGAAAGUGGCCUCCGAUUUCCGAAAGCGAUUUUCUCCUGAGCUCGACGCGGCGUGCCACGCUGCUCUUAACGCUGAGAUCUUUUCUGAACCGUCGUCCUCGAUUAUGGACCGGAUGGACUCCUUCCGUGAGCGCUGUGAUUUCGCGGAUCAGAUUUCCAACAAGACUUUCGACAAUCUGGUCUCUGCUUUGAACGAGUACUUGGAUGCGGAUAACCUGUCCGGCGAUGUUUUCUACGCUGUCAUCGACACUGCUCCGCUUGGGUUCCAUGGGAAAGACUCCGAGCUUCACUCGACUUAUUUUGGCGCCCGCGUUGCUGUCAGCGGUGCCCAGGAGACGAUUCUCUUGACUCGUCAGAUCCUGUUCGACCUGUUAAUCCUGGUCACGUUUGUGGAUGGCGAGAUUGAACAGCGCGGCACCUCGACUUUCGAUGCGGCUGAUCUUUUCUCUACCCUCGUCGACCUCUUGCGCGAAUAUGAGAUGAUGGCUUGGCUUAGCUCCAAUGUGCGCAAGUGCGCCGAUCAUCCCGCAAGUGCCGGCGCAGACUCGACUCCCGUCUUUUCAUUGGAAGACAACAAUUCAAAGGGAAAGUUCCAAAGAACAGCGACUAUCCUGGAAGAUCUGUUUGUUGCAGACAUCAAGCCGCGACAAACUGUUGGCUUCCCGCAAAGCUACACCUUGACCUUGGGAAUUAGGGAUGUCCUGGCCUGGGUCACUCGACAAGGGGAGGUAGCUUAUCCCAAUGCGUUGGCCUAUAUCCAAUGCGAUCUCAUCGCCAAGAACAACAUCGACCUCGCAUGGGACUUCCUCCGCUUCCAAGCAAACACCUCCUGGGCGACGUAUGUCAAGGGCCGCUUGCACGUGGCUAUGUCGGAAUUUGAUACUGCAGCCAUUUACUUCCGCAAAGCAGCUUAUCUUCUUUCUUGUGGUAAACCGUUGGGUAACCUCCAUGAAAUGUCGUCGACACUCUUGGACCUUGUUUCCGUGAAUUGCUUCCACAACGGGAUUCCAAAAUACUACCAGCACAUCCUUUCAAUAUUCGAGCAAGUUCGCUCCUUCUCUCAUGUCGCGGAUUUCGCCAGUCUGGCAUUGCAGGCCCUCGACUCCGAGACGUGGGCUGAACAGGACCCCGAAUAUACGGUCAUGCGAACCGAUUUAUUGUCACGGCUUUUCCACGCCUCCCUCAAAACCUGCCAAUUCGACCAGGCGUACUCCGCCCUAUCACGCUACCAGGACUUCGCGCUGCAAAAGUCUGCACUGGGGUCGCUUGUUUCCAACAUGUUGACCGUCUCUGGACCCGGCACCGCUGGGCUGAAGCAAAUUCUCCGCUUCCCGAUCUCACUCGUGCCGAACAUUGCCUCUCAUAUCGACGAGACGCUUGUUUCUCUCGCCCGAAAACAAAACUCCUUCGGCUCGUGGCUGGAUGCUGAUAACAACUCGGCCGAUACUUCUCCCGACUACCACCGCAUUUUGCAAGCAUACCGCAUCGCCCGGAGCGACUACCGUGGCGCUGCCGAAAUUGCUUACCGCAACGUCCAACGCCUGCGCCAGGCAAGAGACGCCCCGUCCUCCGCUCUCAUUCGCAAAGGCAGGAAAGAAGCGGACGACGGCGCUCGCCCGCCCGUCGAGGAAGAUGACGCCGAGAGCAAGGAAAUCCGCCAUGAGCUGUUAUCGCUAAUAAAUCUUCUCGCCUCUGUCGACAAGAGCGAGGCCUACAUCCUGGUCGAAACUGGGCCUUCUCCUUCCCUGGGUGCUGGUGCAGCCACCUCCCCAGAGCGAACACGAGACACGCACGCAGAUGAAGACGGUAAUGUUACAAUGGAAGACACAGAAAUGGGCUCGCCCACCCCCUUUGCCUCUCGCCGCCGAUCCUCGUCCAGCGCCGCCUCGUUCGCUUCCGCCAGCCGCCGUGGCAGCAAGUCUUCUGCUGGCGGCCGCGUCGAAGUGCCUCAGCGUCGUGUCAUUGUGACACUCGAGCACCUGCGUCGCGAAUACCAGUCUGAACUCGACCGUGUCAGCCGCAUCGAGCGCGGUGACUGGGAGUUUGGAAUCUUCGAUGACAACGACGAGGAUGUCGAUAAUGAUGACACGAUGGUUCUCUCGUAG